GCUGGCCUUCAGCAACUUGCUGACAGCAAGUACACGGGCAGCCUCGUCGUAUCUACGUUCCCGUCAGUCAUUCAACAUGGGCAAGGAUCGAUUCGUCGUCAAUCCUUUCGAUGAACUCUCUCUAUCAAGUGCAGACAAGGCCAGCCUCAUGGACUUCGGCUACAACUUCAUCGACCAGAACAUUGAGAAGUACGAGCGAUUCAUCGGUGACAGCGGCCCGAAGGUUGACCAGAAGAAGUGGAAGCUGAUUAAAACCAAGGACGAUACACGUGUGUAUCUUGAACGAGACCCGAUGAUCCGGACAACCAAAGACGGAGCAAAGACCGACCACCCGGAGUUCUUGAUGACCGGAAUUACGUGGGGGACUGUGGACGACUGCAUGUUCGGAGCUGUAAACCCGACGCUUGAGUCGAUGCGGAUCAAGGCUUCGUAUGUCGAGGAUAUGAGUGGCGGAGCUGUCCUGGCUACACUUGACACACCAACAACCGAAGAGCCCUUCAAAUCGACUACGGUCAAGUGGAUGGAGCUAGAUCUCCCGCUAGCGUCUACUUCGCUCGUCAAGAACCGCGAUUACGUUUACCUUGAGUGCACCAAGAUCGUCCGACUGUCAACCGGUGAACGCGUCGGUGUCAUGAUCUUCCACUCGGUCAACUUCCCACAGACGAAGGUGUUGCCUGGUCGCAUUCGCGCCAACAUCACGGUGUGCUGCAUCUUCCGGCAGGUUGGUCCUGACACGAUUGAAUUGUACGGGUCAGGCAUCGUGGACCCGGGUGGUGAUAUGAUCAAGGCCUUCGUAAUGCCCAGUAUCGCUACCGGUUACCUCACGACAUUGAAGUACGCGCACUGUAGCAAGACGAAGAAGAUGAUCUGGAUGCUCGGAAAGCGUUAUGCCAUGGCCAAGGAGUUGGGGACUCCUACCCGCCCGAGCAUCUGCGUCACCUGCACGACUCCCAUAUCCAAGCUGCGGAGAGGUGACUACAGCAAAAGCGAAGCCAACACCUGCAAGUUGUGCGCUGGGUACUUAUGUCGCUCGUGCCGAAUCCAGCGUAAACUGACUUUCGUUGGGUCGGAUCUCGAGCUCGAACAGCGAAAAGUCUCCUUCUGCGGUCUCUGCUUGCAGAAAGUGAGGACCAUGAGCCCAAUGGAAGUGGCAAGAGAGUAUGCUGCCGGUACAUGCAAGCAAGUCGUGUCGUACCCUGGCAUCGAUUCUUCCCACACCAGCUACUCCACCUCGUCCGACUGACUGUCAUUUCAAGCUUUAUGUGCUCAGUAUUGUAGAGAUCGUCCAUAUCCCGUAAAUAACACACCGUUCUUUUUUUUCCUCGAA